ACAAGCUCCAGACAAAAGUCCAUGCCUCCGGAGAAGCUUGGGCUUGUAAGAGCCAUGAAUGGGCUUCACUUGUCCCUGCAGCGUAGAAUCUCUUCACAGCUUCUUCCACAGUUCCAGCAUGAUCCAUUACAACUAAAUUCAGUCAAUCGACAGGAUACCACGAGGAUACUAAAAAAAUCCGACUAGUACACGGACGAUUAUCUCGGUUUAUCCCACACGUAGACAGAUCUGUUUACGUCCCGUGUUUGGUCACACAUGGCGGUAGAACAAACAAUCGUGAAGCUCUCUCAUCACGAACAGCAAGAAUUAUGCGUUACAAGACCAACUUACAGGCAAGGAAGGAAGUUAACAGCUGUGAAGGUAUACACUGUAAAUGAUGAAUCGCAGCAUCUGAUGAUCGUUGGUGUCCCUGAACUACAGCUCCAUCAUGAAAUUGAAAAACUAGCUUCUCCGUAUGGAGAUAUCAAGGAACUCAAGAAAGUUUCCAAUUACCCGACCGAAGAAUUCACUGAAGCAUAUCACGUGCAUUACGGACGGAUUCAAAGCGCCAGAAUAGCCAAACGUUUCAUGGAUGGCAAGAACUUCUAUGGUGGACUUCUCCAUGUAUUCUAUGCUCCAGAACUAGAGACUGUAUCUGAAACCAGGGCCAAAUUAAUUCAACGUCGAAGGGAAAUUACCACUAGAAUAAUACGAAAUCAACAAGAUUCAUCUGAUCCAGCAAAAAAUUCCUUUAUCCCUAAGGCACAGUACAAUCGCAAGAAAAAAACUCCAGCGUUGCCCCUGACUGAGGAUCGUCUCUCUCAAAUCUAUCCUGGUGAGUCGAUGAGAUCAAUAUAUGAUGGAAUCCCUCAAACGAUCGACCCACGGCCAGUUUUCCAGCCAAGGUUACCAAACAGUUGGCCAAUGCCUCUUGAACCACAGUGUGCUCCCAAGAUUCUUAAUGCUCCCUAUCAGACUACUGAUGCUGUCUUGAAGGCUGCUGAACAGAGUAAAUCGACAACUGCUCCUCAGAAAAUUUCUGAAACCAAAAGAAACUAUAAAGGACGUCAUGUUAGGGAAAGGAAAAACAUUAGACUAACUCGACCCCACAUAAUAGAUACACGUAACAUGCCAAUUAAGGUUCUAAUACCAGAACAGACAGACUCUGUUACAAAGGCGUUUUCGAAUGUGAAAAAAACCGAAAGUGGAAUCAAGAUCAAACUACUACCUGAGCAGGACAAAUCCAAAAAGCGUAUUGUUAUUAAAAACGCAAAGACGGAAAGUUUGCUACAACCUAGUUCAGAUCUCCAAUCUUCAAUUACUUCAGCCAAGUCUCAAAUCAGAGAGGCAAUGGAAUUGCAAAGGACUCAAGUGGAUCGUGCUAAUCCAUGAUUGGAUUGAUAUUGGAAACAUUUUUAUUGAGUACACAAAUAUUCUAUUCUAAUCUAAUAAAUAUACUCGGAAUAUCUUGUCAAAA